UUUGCCAUUACGUUAUGCUCUUUUCUACACAUACACAAGGAUGACAGAAAGAGAAGACGUAAUGGAGUGUUCCUGAGCGUCCUUGCGAUGAAAAUCACUUUAAUAUUCGACAGUAUUCGAGGAAGGGAGUUGCAAUGAAGGCGGGGGCCUCCUCCAUGUGGGCGUCAUGUUGUGGGCUGCUGAACGAGGUGAUGGGCACAGGGGCGGUCCGCACCCAGCAGCCGGGUUUUGGAGCCGGAGCCGGGCCGUUCCGCUUCGCCCCCAGCGCUGGUUACUCCACCUACCCACCCAGCAGCACCACCUCAGGAAGUGCAGGCCUGGUGUGCAAAGCCUGCGGACUGGCCUUCUCUGUGUUCAGACGAAAGCACGUUUGCUCAGACUGCAAGAAGAGCUUUUGCUCUCUGUGUUCUGUGCUGCAGGAGAACCUGCGGCGCUGCGCCACCUGCCACCUGCUGUGGGGCACGGCCUUCCAGCGGCCCAGGUUAAUGCGACUCCGCGUUAAAGACCUGCGGCAGUACCUCACACUGAGAAACAUCAACACGGACACCUGCAGGGAGAAAGAGGACCUGGUGGACCUGGUGCUCUGCCAUCUGGGUGCCGAGCUGGAGAUGGGGGAGGAUGAGGAGGAGGAGGAGGAAGAGGAGGCGGAAGCAGAUACGGACAGUCUGCCCUCACUUCCGCGCUCACUCUCCACGCCGCCCGCCUCCGCGGCACGAUCCUCCUCCCAGCAGUCGGCGCUGUCUGUCGCCGUGUCUCAGGGAGAGGCUCUCAGUCGCAGCGAUAGCUCAGGGACAACCAAUCAGGACCAUGGAGAUGCUACAUCAGUUUCCCUCCUCAACCUGGAGCCUCACGACGACAUACUGGAGGCCAGCCCAGCGACGCAGAGGCGAGCACGCGCCUCCCUCUCGGAUCUGUCCCGCGAGGACGACAUCGAGAGCCUGACGGUGCGGCAGCUGAAGGAGAUUCUCGCCCGCAACUUCGUCAACUAUUCAGGCUGCUGUGAGAAAUGGGAGCUGGUGGAGCGCGUCCAUCGUCUCUACAGAGAGAACGAACUCAACAGAAGAUCGAUGGAAAAUGUUAGCAACAGCCUAGCUGCAGUCAAAGUCAUAGCUUACCCUCCUCCUAUAUGCAAUGGAGGUAUUGGAGAUGGUGUGCAAGUAGCUCAGCUGGGCGGCGUUGAUGAGAACCUGUGCCGUAUCUGCAUGGAUGCCGUGAUAGACUGCGUUCUGCUGGAGUGCGGUCACAUGGUCACCUGCACCAAGUGCGGCAAGAGGAUGAGCGAGUGCCCCAUCUGCAGGCAGUACGUGGUGCGGGCGGUGCACGUCUUCAAGUCUUAACGGGUGAGCUUCACCUCUACUGGAAAACCAACACACCAGAUGCUUCCUGCUGGACCGAGCAGGCUGGGGCCGCGACUGGACCAAUGAACUGCCCCUUUAGAUUCAAAGUGGUGGAAACCUGUACUGCGCACACCUUCUUUACAGAGCGGGCAUUUCAUGCUGCCCAUUUUUAUUUGGUCAUUCAUUGACACGUUUGAAAUCAUUUCUGCGGUUACUAACCCAGGGAAGAUGGACGAUUUAGAAGAAUAACGUAUAAAAACAUGAACGUUUAAGUGGUUUACAGUACAUUCCUGUAAACCUUUUGGAAAUGUCUUAUUGUAUGUGCAAUAUUAGAAAUCUUUAUGUGUGCGUGUAGAGAAACCGAUUGCCAUUAAGAUGCAUGUUGUUGUAGCAGCAGUUAAAACCAUUGGCGUGAAGGGGGAACGUACUGUAGGUGCCAAAGUAGAAAUGUGCAGAACGGCUUCUGGAUUAUGUUUUGACGUGCUAUAUUAUUAAUAAGCGUGUUAUUUUCAUGUAUUAAAUCGGCCAUACCACAAAUCAGCAUCCAUGACACCGGAUCAAAUGACCAGCUAGCAGAAGAGUUAUUUUUAGCAAGAUUAUAGAAACUGUAUCGUAUUUUUUCACAGAGUCACUGGAAUCCAGUAUCUGCCACUAUGUAGCUUAUUACUGGAACCUCAAUUACUUUUUUUUAUCAAAUUUUGCAGUAUCUGUCGAACGUCAGGUGUGUGGUUGGUUUGUCUCCAUUGUGCUCCAUAUACAAGUUACUUAAAGGUGUGUCAGAUGAUUGGGUGGUUACCAGGGUAAAGGAAGUUAGGCUGGUCAUGUGAUCUCAACGGUAAGGAAGGUUCACUUUUGUAGACCAAAAACUUUUUGGGAGUCUCACAUGAGUGUACAAUAUUAAAACAUUUGUCAAAGCACUAUUUAUUGGUAUCUAAGUUGGUAAAAAAAAUUCUCAGUGCACCUUUAAGCCUUGGUAGGGUAGGUUUCAUUUGCAAAAUAUUCGGUUUUUAUAGUGGGUCAAAAAGACCAUUUUGAGUUUGAUGUUCUUCAUCUCCAGCAAUACCAUGAAAGACGUCGGUUUUUUGGUGAGUUGUGUUGUUGUACCACAUUUACAUGGCAUAAGAGAUUUCCACAAGAGGUGCUACAUGGAUUUACGUAUCACAGUUCCCUAUUGCGUUCGUGAUUUUAAACCGUUUCUUUCCCUUUUUGUGCAUACUUACAUUUUCUAGAUAACGAUAAAAUAAAAGGAAAGGAAAUUGUUAUUUGAUUCCUCUAGAUGCCCUUUGUUGCUGUGAAUUCUGUAGGCAAACACAAGUUAUUAUCUGUGGUAUUGGCUAGACAAACAAAUAUAAAGGAACGUUUAAUCAAUUAAACAAAUGAUUUUAUAUACAUGUGAAAAAAGUUGUACACAAAGUAUAUGGAUAUAUUCUCCUCUGUUGUCCAGUUUUUCUUGCAUUUUCUUUUAAAUGUUUCGUCCCCCUUCAGCAUUCCAGUUUUUCCUUGAAUGUAAACAAUAUUUAUUUCGUUGUUUAUAUUUUAAACCAGUCACAAAUAAUUAUGUAGUAGAAUUGAUUACAUUCUGGUGUCACAUUCAUGUAUUUCUAUAAUCAGACUAUUUUAUAAUUUGCUUCUAGAACAUCACACCCAUCUGCCCAACACUGACACUGUGCUUGUGUGUAUGUUUCUAAUGCUGCUAUCUCUAAAAGAUGUCACUUGGUAGUAGGCAACUACUCUAGCUGAGCAGACAAGAUUACACUCUUAAUGACUUAAACUGAGCGCUGGAAGACGUUUUGGGAUCUGGUCUUUGUAUUUUGGAAUGUUGAACUUUUUAUUUUGGUAAUUCAAAGAUGAUUUAUUAAAUUUAAUAAAAUAUGGUAACUUGAACUAACAAAAUAAAAGUUUUCUGAUUUCAGUGUUUAUUUUGUUCCUCAGUUGCAAACGAUGAAAUGCUCAUCGGCGCCCUCUAACGCCUGCUAAGUGCAACGCAGUCAUAGGAAUACGUUACUCUCAGUCAGACGCAAGCGGAUGAAAAUAACGUUUUUAUUCAUAGCACAAUACACGGAUAUGGUUGCUGGUUAUUCUGGAGAACGGAUUCGCUAAGGUAUGCCUGUCUGUAUGUGAUAAUGUACUAUAUUUACUCAAUUAUAAGUCUUAACACGAGAGUGAGGAAAAAAGCGGGAAAUCAUAAUUGCUUGAUCCUGUGUAUGGAUAAUGAAUAAUGCUGUGUAUCGUUUUCUGCGCAAAAUAUACUAAAAAUGUUCACACAGUUAAAAUUCGGUUAAGCAAAACAUCAAUACUGGAAAAAAUAUCAGUAUUUAUUCAGUUCAAACAGUGCAAAUACGUUUUUCCCCAGAUAUAUACAUAUUAAAGAAGCCCAGGUAAGUAAUAGUCCUAUGGAAAAAAAGAAUGUACCUUAAGAACAUCUUAUAACAUUAGAAGACGUUACAUCUUAAAUUAACAUUACAAAAACAUCUGCACAGUUACUAUAGCUAGUAUAGAUGGGAUCUGCUUAACUUCCUACUGUGUAGAAAAAAAAUAAACUUUGUACUGACUAAAUACUGUCAAUAAAGUCUAUAUAUAUAUAUUUAUGAGUGCAUGUAAUACUGCACAUAAAAUGUGAAAUCCCUUCUGAUACAAAAAUUAACACUGCAUGACGCUUAACGUUUGCAUGGUAACGAAAAAAGCACAUGCAUUUUGAAUUUUUCUUUU